ACAUUUCAUCCUCUUCACCGAGCUGAGCCCUGGUACAUGUUUCACUCCGUCCCUGCCCAGGCGGUCUGCCCCGCGUGGGAAACACGACAGUACGGGGGGCUUGCCUCGAUAGAGCUGGAGAGGAGAUACCUGCUGUCUCUCCUGUCUCUAGGUGAAGUCUCGUUACUGACCGCGCCACAAAAGUUGCAGAGAAUCUCAGCGCUUCUAGUUUUGCCUCCGAGGUAAAACUGUACACAGUGUGGAGCAAUGAACGAGUCUUUGGUUGUCAAUGACUCCACCGCAACUGUGGGGGUCGGGGAGGGCUUGUCCUGGCCCGAGGUAGACUCUCCUCAGCAGAACAGCAGCCUGGAGUUCUCCACUGCCCCCCUGGAUUUUCCCGUCAACCCCUGGGACAUCAUGCUGUGUAUGUCCGGCACUGUCAUCGCCUGUGAAAAUGCCAUCGUUGUAGCCAUAAUCUUUUACACUCCAACUCUGAGGACUCCCAUGUUUGUACUCAUCGGGAGCCUGGCCACAGCUGAUCUGCUCGCCGGUAUGGGAUUAAUCCUGAACUUUGUCUUUCAGUAUGUCAUCUCAUCUGAAACCAUAAGUCUGAUCACUGUCGGGUUUCUGGUAGCAUCAUUCACCGCAUCUAUUAGUAGCCUUUUAGCCAUUACAGUGGACCGUUAUUUCUCCCUUUACAACGCCCUGACUUACUUCUCUGAAAAGACUCUGCAGUAUGUCCACAUCAUGCUGGUGGGCACUUGGGGGGUGUCCUUGUUUUUGGGCUUGCUUCCUGUGUUGGGCUGGAACUGCAUUGAAGAUACAACAACUUGCAGCAUAGUCCAUCCACUAACUAGGAGUAACCUUACACUUUUGGCAGUGUCAUUCUUUGUCAUUUUUGUCCUCAUGCUUAGUCUAUACUUCAAGAUUUGCAAAAUUGUGUGCCACCAUGCCCAUCAAAUCGCACUACAACAACACUUUUUUGCCACUUCUCACUAUGUCGCUACUAAAAAAGGAGUCUCCACGCUGGCCAUAAUAUUAGGGACAUUCGGUGCCAGCUGGCUUCCUUUUGCCAUAUAUUGUCUGGUAGGAGAGAGGCACUACCCAACCAUUUAUACUUAUGCUACGUUACUACCUGCCACAUACAACUCAAUGAUCAAUCCCAUUAUAUAUGCCUACAGAAAUGCAGAGAUCCAACGCUCCAUCUAUAUGCUUCUCUGUGGCUGCUUUCACUCCAAUGGUGUCUACCGGUCCAGGUCACCGAGUGAGGUUUGAAAAUCUCUUGUAAAAGGUUUUAUCGAAAGUAACGUGCUAGAGGACAAUGAACUCAACACAAAAAGUCUGCGAUGCUACUUCUGUAUCUUUGCAUCAGCACUUUAUGUCUUUAUGAGAUUGUGAACACGCUGUGAACAACUAAACUCUGUGAAAAAAAACUUGUGAAUGUAUUUUACAACUGGAAUGGCAAGAUUUUGCACUUUAUUUAUUGUUUUUGGGAAAUGCCAAAGCAGUAUUGUAUUGCCAAUGUAGUGUUCAAAAUGUCUGAGUGCCAUUUUAUAUCCAGUACUGUAUUGUCUUCUUUGCUGUACAUUUUCUACAACAGAAAUAAAGACAUACACCC